AUGUCGGCAGGAUGGAACACUAUCGAAUCUGAUGCUGGCGUCUUCACAUUCCUGAUCGACAACCUCGGAGUCAAGCAUGUCCAGUUUGAGGAGCUUAUAGCUCUUGAUGCCGCCCUUUUGAGACAAGAAAGUCCAGUGUACGGCGUAAUUUUCUUGUUCAAAUAUCCUACUGGAGAGAAGCCUAGCGAUACUCCACCAGAUGGCAACUUCGACUUUGACGCUUCCGAGAAUAUCUUCUUCGCCGCGCAGACAAUACAGAAUGCUUGCGGCACUCAGGCUCUGCUUUCGGUGUUGCUCAACAAGGAGGAUGAGGUGGAGAUCGGUCCUCAACUGAAGGAAUUCAAAGAAUUCACAGGCGCCUUCCCUUCGGAAUUGCGAGGAGAAGCGCUCUCAAAUUCCGAGCUGAUACGGGAUGUCCACAAUUCCUUCGCACGAUCAUCGCCUUUCGUCGACGAAGCUCAAAGAUUAGCCAGCGAAGAAGAUGAUGUCUACCACUUCAUUGCAUAUACUCCAAUCAACGGAGUACUCUACGAGCUGGACGGACUUCAGCCAGCGCCUAUAUCGCACGGCAGCUGCUCGUUCGAAGAAUUCCCGGACAAGGUCAUACCUGUCCUGCAGCGGAGGAUCGAGAGAUACCCAGCUAAUGAGAUAAGGUUCAAUCUGCUGGCCAUGGUGCGCGAUCUACGAAUACGGGCGCAGGAGAUUGGAGACCAGGACAUGCUGUAUCAAGAGGAGCAGAAACGGAAUGCAUGGCAGUGGGAGAACGCGCUGAGGCGACACAAUUUUAUCGGGUUUAUUGGGGAGGUCUUGAAGGGGGUCACGGCAUCGAAGCUACGCGAAGGCGACGGAGCUUAUGAUAAGUGGGUAGAGGAGGCCAAGUCCAAAACCAAGACUCGCAUUGAGGAGAAGAGGAAGGUUGGUGGGAAUGAUGAGCAGGUUGAAGCAUAG